UACCGCUCGACACAGGAAGAGGAAUUAGCCGCACCGUACCCCAAAUUUCUCUCUCAAUUUUCGUCGUUUUUUCUAUUUAAGUGUUGCCGGUAAAUUGACGGAGUUGAGCUAUAUAUAAACAGGGAUUUUCUACAGGUACAUAAUCUCCGAUUCUUUUACAAUCUGGGGUUUGUUAUCAGUAGCCAGAACUAUUUCCUGAUUUCGGUAGCUCAAAUUAUGAAUUGCUAAGCAACUGGAAUUUACUUUGCUGUCUAAAUUUUGGCAUACUGGAAGACCCGGUUGAUUGAAUUUUGGUUUCGGCACGGAAAAUAGAGGUUUAUGCUUCUGGGCGACUUUCGGAUGGUGGGAGAUAUAUAAACUUGAGCAAUGAGUUCUUUAGCUUCUUCGCUGAGUUUCGGUUCAAGUGUGAAUACUGCAAUUUCUUUUUGCAAUUUUGAUAGUCGUGUGUGUUUAGUUAGGAGGGUUCGUUUUCGGAGAAAUGGGAGUACUCUAAGGAAGUAUGGUGGCGUUUGUAAACAUUUCGUGACAACUAAUUACAUCGCGGAACAAGGGACUUCUAUAUCUCUCGAUUCUACGUAUAGAGAUAGUAAAGGCGAGGCUGAUGAUUCGUUUCUUAUAGGAGCUCCCAAGCCAGUUUUGAAAUCAGGGUCCAAGGUUGAUCUCCUCCUGAGUAUGGCCUGGGAUGAAAAGAAACGUGGUGGGAAUUCGGAUGAUGAGACUAUGAGUGAUAAGGAGAAGGAGAGAAGUAGAGUGAUUGAGUCACUAGGUGAAGUGUUGGAGAAGGCGGAGAAACUCGAAACUAGUAAGAAGGUUAGUUUCUCUGUUGACAAACCUCCAGCAGAUGAGGGAGCUGACCAAAAGAAUUUAACACCAAUUAAAUCAGUGCGAAGCUCGAGUGGCAAGUCUAAGACUUUGAAGAGUGUCUGGAGGAAGGGUAAUCCGGUGGCUACUGUGGAAAAAUUUAAACAUGAACCUCAAGGAUCGAUUGGCUCAAAAACUGUUGCUCGCCUAAGACCCUCUCAGCCACCUCAGAAAAUAGAACCAAAGAUACAAACGAGACCGUCUGUUGCUGCUCCUCCUAUCAGAAAACCUGUAAUCUUGAAAAAGUCAUCUGUUAGCAGUCAAACUGAUUUGGGACCCGAAUCUAAACAGCGGAAGCCAAUAUUAAUUGACAAAUUUGCGGCUAAGAAGCCAGUGGUUGAUCCUCUGAUUGCUCAAGCGGUCUUAGCCCCUCCAAAGCCAGGGAAGAACCCUGCAACUGCCAAGUUUAGAGAUGACUAUAGAAAGAAGGGAGGUCCAUCAGGAGGACCUCGCAGACGUAUGGUUUAUGAAAAAGAUGAUAUUCCUGAUGAGGAUACGUCUGAACUUAAUGUUUCCAUUCCUGGUGCUGCUACUACUCGAAAAGGUAGAAAAUGGAGUAAAGCGAGUCGGAAGGCUGCUAGACUCCAGGCAGCCAGAGAUGCUGCACCCAUUCAGGUGGAAAUAAUGGAAGUUGGUGAAGAUGGAAUGUUAACUGAAGAGUUGGCAUACAACUUGGCCAUCAGCGAAGGGGAAAUUCUUGGGUAUUUGUAUGCAAAGGGAAUAAGGCCUGAUGGUGUGCAAAAGCUGAGCAAAGAGAUGGUGAAGAUGAUAUGUAAAGAGUACGAGGUGGAAGUCAUUAGUGCUGCCCCUGUCAGAGUUGAGGAAAUGGCAAAAAAGAAGGAAAUUCUUGAUGAAGAUGAUUUAGAUAAACUAGAAUAUAGACCUCCUGUGUUGACUAUAAUGGGGCAUGUUGAUCAUGGCAAGACGACACUUUUGGAUUAUAUAAGGAAAAGUAAGGUUGCAGCAGCUGAAGCUGGUGGGAUUACACAAGGAAUUGGAGCUUAUAAGGUUCAAGUUCCAAUUGAUGGGAAGACUCAAACGUGUGUGUUUCUAGAUACUCCUGGACAUGAGGCAUUUGGAGCAAUGAGGGCACGUGGAGCUAGAGUGACAGACAUUGCUGUCAUUGUGGUUGCAGCUGAUGAUGGGCUCCAACCUCAAACAAAUGAGGCAAUUGCUCAUGCCAAGGCAGCCGGGGUGCCAAUUGUUGUAGCUAUAAAUAAGAUAGAUAAGGAUGGAGCUAAUCCAGAUCGAGUUGUUCAGGAUCUGUCUUCAGUUGGCCUGAUGCCGGAAGAAUGGGGUGGUGAUAUACCAAUGGUUAAGAUAAGUGCUCUUAAAGGGGAGAAUGUCGAUGAAUUGCUUGAAACAAUCAUGCUUGUUGCUGAGUUGCAAGAAUUGAAGGCAAAUCCACAUAGAAAUGCUAAAGGAACAGCCAUUGAAGCUGGUCUUGAUAAAUCCAAGGGGCCUGUAGCUACUUUCAUUGUGCAAAAUGGAACACUCAGAAGAGGGGAUAUAGUAGUUUGUGGUGAAGCAUUUGGGAAGGUGCGGGCUCUAUUUGAUGAUAACGGAAAGCAAGAUGAUGAAGCAGGGCCCUCUAUUCCAGUACAGGUAAUAGGAUUGAAUAAUGUUCCUUCAGCUGGUGAUGAGUUUGAGGUUGUUGGCUCCCUUGCUGUUGCUCGAGAAAAGGCAGAGUCACGAGCAGAGUAUUUGAGAAAUGAACGUAUAACAGAAAAGGCAGGGGAUGGAAAAGUUACUCUUUCUUCUUUUGCUUCUGCUGUUUCAGCAGGAAAAAGUGCUGGAUUAGAUUUGCACCAACUCAAUAUCAUACUGAAGGUUGAAGUUCAGGGAUCCAUAGAGGCUGUGAGACAAGCCCUGCAGGUGCUUCCUCAAGACAACAUCACUCUCAAGUUCCUACUGCAAGCGACUGGGGAUGUCAGCACUAGUGAUGUUGACCUUGCUGUGGCUAGCAAAGCUAUUAUUUUUGGAUUUAAUGUCAGAGCACCUGGCUCAGUCAAAAAGUAUGCGGAUAACAGAAAUGUUGAAGUUCGGCUUUACAAAGUUAUCUAUGAACUUAUUGAUGAUGUGCGGAAAGCAAUGGAGGGACUCUUGGACUCUGUUGAGGAACAACUGCCAAUAGGCUCUGCAGAAGUAAGAGCUGUAUUUAGUAGUGGCAGUGGCCGUGUUGCUGGAUGCAUGGUGACAGAGGGAAAGGUUGUGAAAGACUGUGGAAUCCGUGUACUGAGAAAAGGAAAAGAAGUUCAUGUUGGUGUUCUUGGUUCCUUGAAACGGGUCAAGGAGAUGGUGAAAGAGGUAAAUGCUGGACUAGAGUGUGGAGUUGGAAGUGAUGACUUCACUGAUUGGGAGGUUGGGGAUGCGAUUGAGGCCUUUAAUACAGUGCAGAAGAGAAGAACACUUGAAGAGGCAUCAGCCUCAAUGUCAGCUGCGUUAGAAGAUGUCAGGAUACAACUUUAGUUAGGACAUCAAUAUAUAAUAUGCGGCCCCUCACAAUGGUUCGAGGAAUUUGACUUGUGCGUGGCGAGGAUCAGUCCAAUUGUGCUUCCAUAUUAUGACACCUUCUCAAUAGCAUUGUUGCCUUAAUGCCGUUCCACUGUAAAUAAUUAGGUAUGUCACAAUCCCAAUCUUUUUUUUUUUGUUAUUGUUUUUGUUUUGUUAGGUUAAAUGUGUAUUUAAGUUGAGAAAACUACAGAAAUUACACAACCACAUGUAUGAUGGCCCAUGUAAUAGAUUCACUUGGAAAAAAAGAAAAAGCUAAUCCGUUACAUUGUGACAUGAAGCAAAUAUUUCCCCACUUGCCAAUUGUCAUCUACCAUCCAUUUACUAAGAUUCUUUUUAUAAAAUCUUAGUUAUAUAUGUACCAUCCAUUUACUGCUUCUAAA